CUUUGACGUCACCAUCGACGACGCCUUUAUUUGCCCACUGAUCGAUAUCUUUCGAGAUGGUCAGGUAUAUGGUAUUCCUUUGCAAAAAUCGCGCAAAAACGCGCUCAUUAUCCAUCGAAUUGUCAAGAUCUAGAUCGGGCAAGAAAUAUCCGGAAAAUCAAACUCAAGCCUAUUUAUCCGAGAGUGGUCACUUUUAGUGUCCAGUCUGCGUGUCUGAAGAACAGGUGAAAAACGACGAAACGUCCUAGUAAUAACAAUAAUGACUCCUGCCAACAUCAUAUGUUACGUAACUAUUCUCCUUGUUGCUGUCUUCACUUUUGCGCAAACAGUAAAUGGGAUUAAAUGCUUCCAAUGCAAUUCUUUUGAACAUCCCGCUUGUGCCAAUAUCACUGCCAACGACACCAACAGCCCCUUUUUUCACAAAUGUCAACCUCGAGACAACCAUCAAAUGUUCUGUAGAAAAACAGUCCAAACCGUCCUAGACACGCCCCAAUUUACUCGAAUUACAAGAAGUUGCGGUUGGUUUCUCUACAAGACUAACAAGAGUCUAUGUCAAGUUACAGACACCGAUUUUAAACUGGAGACUUCGUGUCAGUGUUUUACAGAUGGCUGUAAUGGGGGAACAGUGCUGACACCUAUAUCUGGUGUAGUAGCGUUAGUGCUAGGUGGAUUACUCUUAAGUUAGGUUUUUGAGAUUAUGCUGUUUGAAUUACGAUUAGAUCUAAUGUGUAUGUAAAGAAUUGACAGGAAUGUAAUUAAUAUUUAUUUAUGCAUUGGCUUUGCGCGUGUGUGAUAUCCACUCAUUGAUUUUUGAUAAGAGUGUGUUGUGUAUUUAAUUUUUUCUAGUAAAAUAAAUGGAAUCUGCAUUGUUAAUUUAGUACAAUUUUAUUGCGUAGCCUAUUUUAAUUGCUAUAUAAUUUAACUUAUACUCAGAAUUUACAUAAACAUUUUUUUAUUUAAUUACUUAAUUAGAAUUUGUUGUGAAACAAUUGUUGUUAAAUAAAUUUGUUUACUUUA